AGCUCCGCCCCCUGCUGUCCUGCCCGCGGUUCAGACUGGGUCAACCGGGAAUGGCCCAGGAAGGACAUUCGAGGAUAAUCUCUCUUCCCUCCGCGGCAGAUUGACUGGCCCUCCAUUUCUGACCGCCCACCGAUAGUUUUAUGCGGUUGGACCUAUAUUGAUUACCCCGGACAUCGGGGCCGGAAGGACUUGGGGGAAAGCAGCCCACCCUGAGACGGGGGACACUUCUAGCUCCUCCUUCAAGCUGCUGCCUCUAGGAAGCCUCCCCAGCUCAGCCUUUCCCAGCUCCCAGGUGGCUCCCAGAGCCAACAGGGCCGUUGGUAGCUGCCUCACUUGGCACCGCGGGGCCCCAGAGAACGUUUGUUGAGCUCAGCUGCUGCCACCGCUCUCGUCUCUCACCCUGUGGUCUUCCGGCAGGGUGGUCCCUGUCCUCUGCCCCGCAUGGCCCUGUCGCUAGGGCCAUCGCUUGUCACACAUGGCCCACUCUCAUUCUCUGUGCUGCCGGAUACACACUGCUUUCCCGACCCGGUCGGUGUAGACCGGGUUUCAGCCCAGGUUGCCGCCACCCUCUCAGGAUAUCUCUGCCUGCAGGCUCAGGAUGGCGUCCAGAAGUCCUGGGACUUCAUGAAGACACAUGACAGUGUGACCAUUCUCAUGUUCAACUCUUCUCGGAGAAGCCUGGUGUUAGUGAAGCAGUUCCGGCCAGCCGUGUAUGCAGGCGAGGUGGAGCGCCUCUUCCCAGGGUCACUGGCAGCUGUGGAGCGGGACCAGCCCCAAGAACUUAAGCCAGCGCUGCCCGGCUCGGUGGGAGUGAUGGUGGAACUCUGUGCCGGCAUCGUGGACCAGCCUGGGCUCUCACUGGAAGAAGUGGCCUGCAAGGAGGCUUGGGAAGAGUGUGGCUAUCGCCUGGACCCCGCUGACCUACGCCAGGUUGCCACAUACAUGUCUGGAGUAGGACUGACUGGCUCCAGGCAGACCAUGUUCUACACAGAGGUGACGGAUGCCCAGCGAGGCGGGCCUGGUGGAGGCCUGGCUGAAGAGGGAGAACUCAUCGAGGUCGUACAUCUGAGCUUGGACGACGCCCAGGCCUUUGCCGACAACCCGAAUAUCCCCAAGACUCUCGGUGUCAUCUUUGCUAUCUCCUGGUUCUUUAGCCAGGUGGCUCCCCACCUGAGUCUCCAUCGAGACAGCCCGGUCCCGUCCACUCAGCUUCCUGACCCGCACACUCAAUAAAGCUUGUGUAAUUUUUA